AUAGUUUGACCAACUUAUGUAUCUAACAACAUAUAAAAAUCGAAUGUGGACCUACUUAUUUUUGAAUUGAAUGUAAUUGACUACCUAAUUGAGUGCCACCUAUGCAUUGGGACCUCUUUUAAUUAAUACAAAAUUGAGGUUACAUUUUUUCAAAUGUUCCUCAAUUAAUAUAUAAGGGAUAUCUAUGGGAGAGAAGAAAAGAUUAAAUAAUUGUAUAGCAUAGAUUCAUGCAUUUUUUGGUACUUUCCUCACGUGCCCGAGCAUAUAACUCACGAAUAAAUCUCGACCACCGAAUCUGGAUCUUCCCUAUCUAUCUAAUUUACCUUACGUGCAUCAACGGUCGCAAAAAGAUGACGUCAGUACGCCCAAAAAACGUUACGCAGUUCGCCCACGCGUUUUAUAAACAACAUGUCGGUUAAAGGAUUGUGCGUAACAAACAACUACGUCACGGAGUUUUCCUUUUUCAUAGCGAGUGAAGUAAUAAAACGGCACGCAUGUUCUAAUUUUAAAGCUUAUAACGGCAAGCACUUGGUACCCUUCCCCCUUCUCCUCGCCAAUUACAUUCUCAGUCCUGAAAAGGAAAAGAAUACGAAGGGGGAGAUGGAGGGAAAUUUUCAAAUUUCAGAGACGACUAAUCUGCUUCGAAAGAUCAAAGAGUUUACGCGAUCGAUCGUUGAAGAUCUAGCCGAGGGAAAAUCUCCAGAAAUCUCCAUCAAUCGAUUCAGAAACUACUGCAACGAUCCAGAAGCAGACUGUUUUUGCAGCUCCGAUGAACCGAAAGGUCGGGAGAUUCUCACGCUUAGGAAGAGAUCGCAAACCUAUAGAAUCGAUAUGUUGCUGAGAGUAUUGUUGAUAGUUCAACAACUUCUCCAAGAAAAUAGACAUGGAUCCAAAAGAGAUAUCUACUAUAUGCAUCCAUCAGCAUUCAAAGCACAAUCGGCUGUAGACCGCGCAAUUGCUGAUAUAUGCAUCCUUUUUCAGUGUAGUCGUUACAGCUUGAAUGUGGUGUCUGUUGGAAAUGGGUUGGUGAUGGGGUGGUUAAAGUUUAGGGAAGCUGGAAGGAAGUUUGAUUGUUUAAGCAGCCUGAAUACUGCAUUUCCCGUUCCUGUUCUUGUAGAGGAAGUCGAAGAUAUUGUUAGUUUGGCAGAGUACAUACUGGUGGUGGAAAAAGAAACAGUAUUCCAGCGUUUAGCAAAUGACAUGUUUUGCAAGACGAACCGCUGCAUCGUUGUCACAGGAAGAGGCUAUCCUGAUGUUUCUACAAGAAGGUUCUUGCGACUCUUGAUGGAGAAGUUGCAACUACCUGUGCAUUGUCUAGUCGACUGUGAUCCAUAUGGCUUUGAGAUCCUAGCCACAUACCGUUUUGGCUCCAUGCAAAUGGCAUAUGAUAUAGAAUCACUACGAGCACCAGAAAUGAAAUGGUUGGGAGCUUUUCCUUCGGACUCUGACAUAUACGGUGUUCCCCAACAGUGUCUCUUGCCCUUGACAGAAGAAGAUAAGAAAAGAACUGAAGCAAUGUUGCUUAGAUGCUACCUGAAGCGUGAAAUGCCACAAUGGAGGUUGGAACUUGAAACGAUGCUGAAAAGAGGAGUGAAGUUUGAGAUCGAAGCACUCUCAGUUCACUCACUCUCGUUUUUAUCAGAAGUUUACAUUCCUUCUAAAAUACGUAGUGAGGGAAGUUUCCAUUGAGCUCUAUAGGAGUCUCCAAUUCAGCCAUUCAGACACCACCAAUCAAACAAGCAAGGAUGAUGCUACAUGGUUUUCCUCCAAUGGAUUUCUCUAUGGAUGUGGUUAGCGAAAACACGAGUACACAAUUCUUCUCUUUUUAAUUCAAUUAAUUUUUGAUAAAAUACUUUUCUUUAAUUGCAGAGCUUGGAGAUGCAAGUGAAUAAUAACUGUGACCUUUGCGACCAAAAAGUAACGGAAAUUAUGCAUUCUAUCAUUGGUACCAUCUUCUUUUAUAUUUACGUGUUGUUGUUGUUAAUGAUGAUCUUUUCCAAUUACGUUACAUUCAUUUAAUAUAUAUAUAACAUUUGUUUUGCAGCUGUUUACUCUGUGACUUAUGGCAAUAUAAUGAAGCUGGAGGCUAGAGCUAACCCUAAUUUGUUUAUGGCGGUUGUUUAUAAGUAUCGCGAUCACGGCAAGAUCAUAAGGCUCCACUUUGAAGGCGCACCUAUCGCUCCUCAACCUGGAGAAGGAAGAGGAGGAGGAGCCUAUUACAACGCCCCUCAAGUUAAUUAUCCAUACCAUUCUCCUUAUGCUCCUCCACAGCAGCAGCUUCUCGCUGGAAACUUUGGUUAUCCGAUGUUGAAACCGCCUCCGCCACAGCAGAAGGAGGCUCCAGAGGGGGUGUAUAAGCAGCAUACUGUGCCUCCUCCUUUUGCUAUGCAGCCGCCACCGCCAAUGCCGUUGUCUAGUUACUCUUACAUUGAACCUCCCUAUUGGCCGGUGGCUACGCCGAGUGGUGGUAAGUGUGUGAUUAUGUGAUGUGUGACGAAGAAUGGAGGCGUCUUGUUUUUGUCUCACAAGCUGCGUUUUGGUUUGUAUUCGUGAUCGCUGUUUUUUUUUAAAUGCGAUUGCGUUUAUAGACAAGUGGACUCUGAUUGUGUUUUCUUUUGUCUGAACAACAGUUAUAAAAGACAAAUCGUUGACUAGUGCCUAAUCUGUUUGAAACCAGAAUAAAGUUUGCAUUUUAAGAGACAUGUUUUAUGAUUGUAUUUCAUUUUUU